CCGAAAAUCAACAACUCUAUUGUGAUCGUGAUCUGACGGUUAGCAUUACAGACACUGCUAGCAAGCGCACCAUUCUCACCUUGCUCAGUAUGCUCAAGUCGACAUAUAAGCCCACCGCAAAUACUGCGGCGCCUCCCUCCCUGCUUCCUGGAUGGACAGAGCACACUGCGCCGAGUGGACAUAAGUACUACCACAACAGCCAGACACAAGAAUCUACAUACACGAGACCCAGUGCCCCGGACGCUACUGCUGCACCUUCAACGGUUUCGACGAGCUUCCUUCAAUAUCAGACCGUUCCUCAACUCUCCGAUCCCAGUGUCGCAAACGCAUAUGUUGCACAGUACAACGCGCAGCAUCAGCCUCCGUCACAGCGAGGAGGCUUCGGUCACGGAGGCAGGGGAGGUAGGGACGCACGCCCGCGUCCCGAGCCGGUGGACAAACCGAAGUCUAAAGUCGCGAUCCCAGGAUGCGAGCCUUGGAUUCUAGUCGACACCAAGUACGGGCGUCGCUUUGUCUACAACCCCGAGAAAAAUGCUAGCUACUGGCGCAUUCCAGAAAAGCUCACGGCUGGUAUAUUGGAGGUGGACAAGGCCAGAAUUCGCGAGAAAGCUGGGAUCAGGAGUCCCACAGGGACAGUCAAGGAGGGACCACCGACAGCCCAAACUCGGCCAACGUUAGAUGCUACGGAAUCCACAACCUAUGAUGGCAACGAGGACAGCUCAGAGUACGAGGAAGUCGAGGUUACGGACGACGAAGGCGAGGACCAAGAUGGGGAGGACGGACCUGCUUCCAAGCGCCAGCGCACAGAAGGCGCGGCCGAUGACGCGCCUGUAGAAUUCAGCGAAGCGGAUAUCGCAUUUCAACUACAAGCAAUGGGCGAUGCCUACGGACUAGACCCGGGAGAAUAUGACGACGGCAACAUGGACGAGUGGCCUGAAGGCGCAGAGGGGGUCGAGUUCUCGCAAGAAGACGCCGCCGCGCUGUUCCGAGAUUUACUAGAAGACUUCAAAAUCAGUCCAUACAGCACGUGGGAGAAGCUGAUUGAGGAUGGAGAUAUUAUUGAGGAUCCGAGAUACACGAUUCUCAAUACGAUGAAGUCACGCAAGGAGACCUGGUCGGAGUGGACCAAGGACAAGAUCAAGGAAAUGAAGGAACGUCGGGCCAAAGAAGAGAAGAAGGAUCCGCGGAUACCGUACAUGACGCUACUGCAGGAGAAAGCGUCGCCCAAGCUCUUUUGGCAAGAGUUCAAAAGGAAACAUCGGAAAGAACCAUCCAUGACGGACCCCUACGUCAAAGACAAGGACCGUGAGAAGUGGUAUCGCGAGCACAUCAACCGUCUCAAGAUGCCCCAAGCCACACUCAAGGCAGAUCUCGCCACGCUUCUAAAGUCACUGCCACUUUCUGUACUGAACAACAAGACGAACAUGUCGCACCUACCACCGCAGCUGCUCGUCGACAUCAGAUAUAUCUCUCUGCAGCCACAGGUGCGGGAUCCUUUGAUCGAGGCCUACAUACAGACUUUGGGACCACCUCCAGAGGGUGAUGCAACCGAGCAAGAGGAUGAAGCGACGCGCAAGGCUCGGGAAGCUAGAGAUCGGAGAGAAAAGGCACUGCAUGAGCACGAAGAGAAGGUUGCAGAGCAAAAGAGAAGACAGCAACGGAGUCUCGAAAUGGGCAAGGCCCGACUUCGAGAGGAAGAGCGCGAAAUCGAACGAGCAAUGCAGGUUGGCAAGCGAGGUUUGCAGAGCCAGCUGGCCAGUGCCCAGAAGAAUGAUCAGCCUGAUGCAUAGAAUGAACGUGGCUGGGUUAACUGAUAAUAGACACACUUGAAAUUCCAAAAACAAAAUUCCAGCAA